CCAACCCCUACGCCUACGCCCGCUCCCGCUCCCACCAGCCUCUCCCCCCUUCCCACGAACACAUUCUCCGCCUCAACUACCGCCACCACUGCCACCACCACGCCAGAAUCUACACGGAAGCGCUCAAUACAAGAUACCGAGAUGGGCGGGACGACGGACCAACAUCACCACCAUACCGCACCCACACACACAAAUGGCGAUGUGGAGAUGAGGAUGGACGGGUCUGACACGGAGGUUGAUGGGAAGGUGGCGUUGGAUGAUACUGUUCCUACUGCUUCAAAUGUGCAUGUGGCUGCUGGGGCUACUGGGGUGGGUUCGGCUUCGGGUGCGGGCUCGGCUUCUUCGCCUGCUGCGAAGAAGAGGAAGCUUUCGCCGGCGAGUAAGGAGGCGAAGCAACAGGAGAAGGAAGCGAAACAGCAAGAGAAGGAGGCGAAAGAGCGUCAAAAGCUAGAGGAGAAGGCGAAAAAAGAAGAGGAGAAGGCGAAGAGGGAAGAGGAGAAAGCUAAGAAGGAGGAGGAGAAGGUCAAGAAGGAGGAAGAGAAGAAGAAGCGUGAGGCGGAGAAGGAAGAGGAAAGGCGCGCAAAGGAGGAGGAGAAGAAGAAACGCGACGCGGAGAAGGAAGAAGAGAGGAAGAAAAAGGAGGAGAAGCGGAAGGCCAAGGAGGAGGGUAAGGCUGCGAAGGAGGAAGAGAAACGGAAGAAGGAAGAGGAGAAGUUGAAGAAAGAAAGGGCCCAAAUGAAGCUGAACUCCUUCUUUGCCAAACCGAAAGCUACCACACAAUCGUCCCCCUCCAAGCCUACUACCCUCUCCCCGAGCAAGCCUACCGGCGCUGGCGCUGCAACCGAACCCUCUCACGACUCUGCAUCCACCACUCUCUCCGACUACCAGCGGGAAUUCCCCGACUUCUUCCUCAAAUCCCACACGACCGUUGCGCCGCCGCACCAGUUCCAGCGCGAUCAGGAAGCCCUGCACCACACGCGAGAGAAAGUCGAUACGUACCUCAAGUCGGCUAGCGAAAGCACGCAGGCACCACUGCUGUUUCGGGCCUCGGAAAUCUUCCAACUGAUGCCAUACAAGCGACGACGGGGCCGACUACCGGCGUCAGUACGGGAAAUCCAUCUACAAAUGCAGAAUCUAGGCGACCAGCCCGAGACUUCAGAAGGGGCCCAGCGGCUGCGGAAUCUUCUCAAGCAGGUCAGGAUGAAGUCGAUCCGGUUUGGCGAAGACGUGCGUCCCCCUUACCAAGGAACAUACACCAAGAGCCUACCCGUAUCGUCUGCCCGUCGCAUGAUGCGCAACCCUUUCUACCGGGGCUUACCAGAAACAAACUACGACUACGACUCGGAGGCCGAGUGGGAGGAGCCCGAGGAGGGCGAGGACCUGGACUCGGAAGAAGAGGAGGACGGAAGCGAGGACGGUGAGGAUGACAUGGAUGGCUUCCUAGACGAUGACGACGACCAGUUGGUGGACGGAAAGCGGCGCCUCAUCGUCGGGGACCUGGAACCAGUCAACACCGGUUUACGAUGGCAGGAGCAUGGCGUGGACCCGGAGCUGCAGGUGUACAAAAUGGAGACCAUUUCCGACUCGGUCACUUUCCCUAUUGACCCGUUCUCCACCGCGUACUGGCAGAAACCGAGGGCCUCCGCGGCAGAGCCCACGCAGGCCGCUGCUGGUCCGGGGCGGCCGUCCAUGCUCGAUGCCUUCGUGGGCCAAGCCUCCUCUCACAGGAGUGGACAGGAAGGCGGCGCCGCGCUGGCCGUUGGGAGGACGAAGCGCCCGUUCCCGCCGGAGCAGCUGGCUGAGUUCAAGCAGGUGGUCGAUGGCAGUGAUCUGACCAAGAUGGGACUGAUUGAAAUCUUGAAGAAACGGUUCCCCAAGGUCUCGAAAGACAUCUUAAAAGACACGCUGAACAGCGUGGCCACGCGCGUGGGACAGAAGGAGGCUGACAAAAAAUGGGUCUGCAACAACAACUCUUAGUCGCCCACAGGGAUUGGCUGUUGGCCCCUCAAGGACAACGCAUACUAUCUAUCUAAGUAUCUAUCUACCAGGACUGGCUAGGGUUUUAUUUCUUAUCCACGGCGUUGAGGCGAUCCAUCGCAGGGUGUUUGGUGGGCCAAUUGAGCGCAUUGAUUGGUUGCCAGUGGACGUGCACCCCCUCACUGUGCUUUGUUUAUUUCUCUCGUCAGCCUCUCUUUUUCUUUUUUUUUCCCC